AUGGCAUUUACAUCUGAAAAUUCACCUUUAUCACAGGAUAAUUUAUCACCGACUAAUUCUAUUAGUUAUUCCUUGGAUUCUACUAUAACAAAUCAACAACAAUCACAAUCGCAGCCACUUCAACCCUCACUAAAUAAUCUAGAGUCGGAUAAUGUUAACAAUAAUCAUAAUCACACUGAUGAAAACUUCUUUUUACCUGCGGCAUAUUGUUUUAUAUCAAAUCAAAAAGUUUAUUUUGAACCAAUUGAGGACGAAUCAGAAGAAGAUGAGGACAUAAGAAACAAUAUAGCUGAUACUUUCAAGAAAAUAUCCAUCGUGAAAGAUGAUUCCGAUUAUUUACCAGAUAAAUUAUAUUUGAAAAACAAGAAUUUUCUAUAUUCGUUGAACAAUCCCUCUGUAUCUGAUGUUGAAACAGACACAAACAAUAAUAAUAAUACUUCAACAAUUAACUCAAGUGGAACCUAUUCAAAUGGUAAUACCCUCGAAUUACCAGCGGGAAACAAUAACACAACUUUUGAUUCAUCAGCAAACCUAUCAAAUUCAUCAUCUCCAUCUUUAACAGAAAACUCGAAUAAAAAUUCAACAUCCUCCAUAUAUUUCCCGAAACUAGUUAUAAAUCUAUCAAAAAAUCUUGAGAAUGGAUUUAUAGAACUAAAAAAUUUAAUAAUGAAAGUAUUCCCCAAUUGGACAGAUUCAUCAAACUUAAAAAUUACUCAAGUCACAGGUGGUAUUACCAACAUGUUAUUAUCAUGUAAAUACGACAAUGAAACUAUAUUAAUUAGAGUGUAUGGUCAUGGAACAAAUUUAAUUAUUGAUAGACAUCGUGAAUUUAUAAGUCAUUUAAUUUUAAAUUCAAUAGAUUUAGCACCACAAGUAUUUGCCAGAUUUAAAAAUGGUUUAGUUUAUGGGUUCUUGUCAGGUCAUUCAUUAAAACCAGAAGAGCUUAGUGAUUCAAACAUAUACCCGUUAAUAGCUCAGCAAUUAGGUAAUUGGCAUAAAUCACUUAACUAUAAACUAAUAGAAGAAGGUGUUGAUAAAAUUCGAGCAUUGAAACUUAACAAAAGAAGAAAUUCCUUCAGUAAAAAGAAACCAAGUAAGAAAAAAAGAUUUAUAUCUAACAUUUGGGAAUUGAUUAAUGAUUGGAUUGAGAUUGUUCCUAUAAACCCGGAUUUGAUAGAUUCGUUCAGAUCAAAUUUACCCGGAGUUGAAGUUAAUGAAAAUAAUUUAAUUGAAGUUAUUAAAAAUGAGUUUAAUUGGUUAAAACUGACAUUAGAAUCAGUAAAAUCACCUAUAGUAUCUAGUCAUUGUGACUUGCUAUCAGGUAACGUCAUUAUUCCAGAUAAGUUAGAAGAUUACCAAAAUUUACCGUCGAUAGAGUCAAAUCCCGUCAAAUUUAUUGAUUAUGAAUAUAUGCUACCAGCACCACGAGCGUUUGAUAUUGCUAAUCAUUUCGCAGAAUGGCAAGGUUUUGAUUGUGAUAGAACCGCCAUUCCCGAACCAUCUAUAAAUAAUCCAGUCAUUGUUAAAUGGUGUAAAAGUUAUUUAAAUAAUUCGAUCAAUUUCGGUGAAAAAGAAGAGGAACAAGAAAUCGAAGAACUUGUAGAUGAAAUUUCAAUGUUUUAUGGAUUACCUGGUUUUUAUUGGGGUAUUUGGGCAAUGAUUCAAAGUGAAUUAUCAAAUAUUGAUUUUAAUUAUUCAAAUUAUGGAAAAUUAAGAUUAGAAGAAUAUUGGGAUUGGAAAAAUAAAAAUAAAGAUAAAUUGAAAAUUAUCGACCGAUCUAAUAUAUAA